UCCUGCAGGAGGCCGUGAGCACCCGAGACCUGGAGCUGGUGCAGCUGGUCCUGCGGUACCGUGACUACCAGAGAGCCAUCAAGCGCCUGGCUGGGAUCCCCAUCCUGCUGGAGAAGCUGCGCAAGGCCCAGGACUUCUAUGUGGAGAUGAAGUGGGAGUUCACCAGCUGGGUGCCACUGGUGUCCAAGAUCUAUAUGACCUGGCAGCGGGGCAACCGCAGCUUUGUCUUUCGGGGACAAGACACCAGUGCAGUAGUGAUGGAGAUCGACCACGACCGGCGGGUGGUCUACUCGGAGACGCUGGCCCUGGCUGGCCAUGACCAGGAGGUUCUGCUGUCUGCUGUGCAGCCCACCGAGGAGCAGGUGAUGGGGCGGCUGACGGCCCCCGUCGUCACCACCCAGCUAGACACCAAGAACAUCGCCUUUGAGAGGAACAAAUCUGGGAUCCUGGGCUGGAGGAGUGAGAAGACAGAAAUGGUGAAUGGGUACGAGGCCAAGGUCUACGGCGCGUCCAACGUGGAGCUGAUCACCCGGACGCGGACCGAGCACCUCUCGGACCAGCACAAGGGCAAGAGCAAAGGCAGCAAGACCCCCCUGCAAUCCUUCCUGGGCAUCGCUGAGCAGCACGUGGGGCCCAACAACGGGGUGAGUGUUGCAGGGGCCCACGGGGUGCCCCCACAGUUCAAGGCGAAGCUGUGGCUGUGUGAGGACCCCCCGCUGUCCCUCUGCGAGCAGGUUGCCCCCAUCAUCGACCUCAUGGCAAUAAGCAACGCGCUCUUCGCCAAGCUGCGGGACUUCAUCACCCUGCGCCUCCCGCCCGGCUUCCCCGUCAAGAUCGAAAUCCCCAUCUUCCACAUCCUCAAUGCCCGCAUCACCUUUGGGAACCUCAAUGGGUGCGACGAGCCCGUCAGCUCCCUGCGGCACAGCCCCAGCAGCGAG